CAGCUACUGCUGGGCUGCCCUCUCUUCUCUUGGUCUUCACCCUGCAACCCCUACUGCUUAACAUUGUAAACACGCCUGCUUCUCUUCAUUGCUGUCAUGGACGACGCCUUUGCAGGCUUUCCGAGUCCAGGUCGUAAAUCUGUCCGGCGCACGUACUCGCAUCGAGGACAAUGCUUGGCUGACGCACUUGCAUCGCCAGGCCUGCCUACACCUCCAGCUUCCUCUUCUCCGCCUGCAUCGCCUGCUGUCAUGUCUCGCUACGUCAACUUUGGCACACAACCAGCUUCAGCGCUCGGCAUCCUAACAGAUCGCUCCAACGCCUACUCAUCGAUAUCGCAGACACGCCAACAACAACAUCAUCAACAAACGAAGUCUGCGCAGCUUGUCAAGAAACGCAAGCGAAUAGAACCGUUGUCUUCGUCAUCUGACAAGAAGCCUUUGGUUCAGAUGCAGCUCAAUUUACUACCUGCACGCGUGACGUGUGCCGCGUGUGGCAUGUCAUACACCAGGACCGUUGCUGUUGAUAUGGAAUUGCACGCAGCAUUUCACAAAGCCGCCUUACAUGGUGUUGCCCUUCCAGCAUCCCUUGCAAACUUGUCCUCGACAUUGAGCAAGGGCGUGCAAAUGCCUAGCAUCAAGGGCGCCAUGCUAAACCUGAUUGCCUAUCGUUCCGCAAGACCCGGUGAACGAGCCUUUGUCAAACGCGUUUGUGAGAUGGUCGAUGUUGAACUCGGCUCAACGCUUCCACCAUUGGAGAAGACGGCCUUUACCGCAUUCAUUUGUUGUCUUGCUGGUCGCUGCAUUGGAUUUCUUCUCGUCCAGCAAAUCACGGAAGCCAUGCCCAUGACCAGCGAGCAUGAACUUGACUUGACGCGCACGAGGAAAGCAGUGCUUGGUGUGAAUCGUAUGUGGACAGUCAAGUCGUAUCGCGGCAAGGGUGUCAUGCGCGCUCUCCUCGAUUUCGCUCGAAUGAAAUUGGUGUUUGGGUGUCCGGUGGAUAUUCAUGAAGUUGCCUUUACGCAGUUAAGUGGGUCUGGCGAGAUGCUUGCCAAGGCGUACACGGGGACAAAUGAGCCGUUGAUUUACAGGGACUAGUCGCGAGCUGUGUGGAGUACAUGAGUAUCAUAGUUUCUACGAGUAACACUACAGACAAAGAGCUACAGCAAACAAGACGAGACCCAAGCCGGCCGAUUGCAGUGACGAUGCACCACCCUGAGAAACAACGAUCGAGCUCGUGUUGGAAGUACUCACGGUGUUUGCCUCCACUGCGGGCACACUCGCACUGUUUGAGACUGCAUUGACAUUCGACACAACAGAUGCAGGUGUCACGA